AUGAGAGCAUCCACUAGGGUUAACGUUACAAACCGCUUGUUUGUUACCACUUUUCUGGUUGCGUUUUCAUCGGUAGCACUAAGUUCGGCACUUCCGUGUCCCGCACACACUUUGGAAUCCGAUGCUCCUAUGGCAAUGGAACGCCACGACCAAAAUCCCGAUGAGGCUCGCCGGAGACAGAGCGCUUCUAAGUAA